CCAGUCAGCCACAUCGAUGUCCGGGCUGUCAAAGAGUAAGAGUAAGAGAGAGAGCGAUCCAAACUGAAGCUGAUGCGCACGACUGUCGGCACCCAAUGGUAGUUGUGCACGAGGUGGAGCUCCGUGAACCGGGCCUACGCGAUGAGGUGUCGCACCCUGCAGCCAGGUACCAUCACCCACAGGGAACCCUGGGAAGCUUUGGGGGAGGCUCACUCCCCCGAAACAGGCCCACGGCGCCUGCCUACCAGGUGGAAGAUGACCUGCCCGACUACGCCGAGGCAGGGCCACCACCACCGCUGGCCCUCAUCGACCGGGGGCAUCCGUACCUUUGCCCCGGGAGUUCGAGGACCACGGACGAGACGUCGUCCUCGAGUCCAUUGGAGAAGCGUGAUCGCUUCACUGCUCUGAGUGCACUCUUUGCCUUGGUGUCUCUGGCCAGUUACACGGCUGACGUGGGCUCCGACGCUGUUGUGUGUUACCUGCUCUACCUGGAGGGCAACCUAUGGUGGUUCGGCCUUACGCUGGCUGUCACCGUCAUCCCAGCCGUCACCGUGAACGCUUUCAGUCUUCGUUGGUACAUGCACGACGACAGGGAGAGUCGCUCCAAGGACGGCGUACUUAUUAGGCCAAAGAUGUCAGCAUUCGACUGGGCACUAAGGAUUCUCUUUCACUUGCUCUUUCUUGGCCCUGCCAUCAGAUAUCUUGAUCUCUUGGUAUACGGAUUGAAGAGCCGUUCCCGGGAGAAACGGCAGAGGCAGCGUCAGCAGCAGUGGCACCUGACUCCCGUGAGACUGGAGCAACCCCGUGCGCAACAGGUCGACUACUACCUGCUCAUGAUCCACGAGGACAGAGACACCGCACUGCUAGCCCUCCUUGAGAGCUUCAUGCAGUCGGCUCCGCAGCUCGUCCUGCAGCUCUACAUCCUCGCCCAGCGAUUCGACCACCAGGUGCCCCCACCAAAGCAACCCUUCACAGUGGUGGCCCAACUGGCAUCGGUGGGCAGCUCCCUGCUGGAACUGUCGUGGUCCCUCGCCAGUUACCACCGUGCUUUGCGGCGGUCUGUCCCAGACAAGCAAAACAUGACACGUCUGGGCUCUGCACUCCAGUUCUUGUGGCGGCUCAGCACAGUUGGCGCCCGUGUGCUGUCCCUUGCCCUCUUUGCUUCAGAGUACCACUACUGGCUGUUUCCUGUGUGCAUCGGCCAUUGGGGCGUCAUGACCGUCUGGGUGAUGCACCAGGGCACUCGUUUCUGCGACACUGACUCUGGCCAGCCUAGACCCUGUGAGGAAUACCUCUUCAACAUGCUCAUCGGUGCCAUCUACCUCUUCUGUUUCCUCAACGUCAAGGACGAACCAACACGAUACAAGUACACCGCGUAUUAUGUUGUGGUCUUUGUCGAGAACGCAUCCCUCAUUGUGCUGUGGUACCUGCGGGUAGAUCCAACGCUCUGGUACAGGCUCCCAGCACUGAUAGCUGUGUUGGUCAGUUUCACGUGUGGUAUCCUUAUCAUGCUCACCUACUACCGCUUCUUCCAUCCAAACGGGCGGUUACCGCUUUAUAAUCCCAUCGCCAGGUGCUGCUGAUGGGCUAGCCAGAGUCUUUCAAGCUUCCUGGGGAACCCUGUUGUGUCCAUGCACAGAGAAGAAUUGGCUCUACCACAGAGCACUCAUCCUCAUCACUCGUGAGAUGUCAAAAACAUUUCCUGCUAUCCGAGAGACUUGAUUGUGGCAGCAGCAUCGUACGCUCCCGACAGCAAUACGUGACCCCCACAGUCACUCUUCUAGUCAUGGACCUCUGUCUCUAUGUAGCAGCAAGAAAGUGUUUGAAAGAUAGUGUCAUCUCGUUGAAAUCAACAUUUUGUAGUGAUCAAAUCAAAUUGCCACAAAGUUUCUGUACUGACAUGCCAACUGCCAUUGUUUCUUCACGUAGGAAGUGUCAUAUUUUCACAUUUUUCCCGUCCCAUGACGCAAACAUUUCACCUCCACAGUGCCCCUGGUGAACCAGGCAAGCACAUCUUUCAACCUUUACUGCGAGACUCUAACAGUGAAGCAGAUAAGUUUGAUGAUAUGAUAUUACUUAGAAAGUGUUGAUACAAAAUGAGUUCCUUGCUAACAGAGAUAAUGUUCUUGUGAUUUCUUUUUCUUUGCACGAGGCAGAAACGUGUGAUGAAUGUAGUGGUCCAUAAGUAGAGCAGAACAUGGUUGUACACAUUUAAGAAACGUAGAUGCUACAGCCACCCUCAGUAGUCAAUACAACAUUGACAGCUGGUGCAAGCAUAGUUUGCCCCUUUUGGGUGACAAGUAAAAGCCCAUAAGAUGUGAGCAUACUGUAGAGAGCGCCAACGUUUGGUGGCAUUUCUUUUUUUCGGAAAUAAUGUCACAUUGGGGCUGCCCAGUGACAGGCUGCCGACAAUCCGGCUAGUAUUUCUCUGCCCAGAGAAAGCCUUGUGAGAAACAAAUAUGCAAUGAAUGUCCCUGCUUCCUAGUGUGUCCCCGAGACUAUUUUUCUGGCUUGCUUCUUGUUCCGCUUUGUUACGCCACGAAAGAUGCACCCAAGA